ACGAACGAGCACCAGAGCAGGAAAUGUAGCUAGAAAGUCACCGAAAUCAACAUUUUAUACGCGGAAACAUCAACCAUGAACUGUUUCUGUAAGGGAAUAUAUCGUCUGUUAAGACUGUGGAUGGUCUGUGUAUCUAUUCUCAUAAACCACGGAUUUGCCGGUAAAAUGAAGAUAGUCGAGGAGCCAAACACAUUUGGGUUGAACAAUCCUUUUCUGGCUCAGGGAAGCAGACUACAGCCUAGAGUGACCCCAUAUCCAGUGUCUGGCCCAGCACAUCUUCAUCGGCUCGCUGGAAAGUGCUUCAGUUUGACAGAGUCAACGUAUAAAUAUGAAUUCUGUCCUUUCCACAACGUCACCCAACAUGAGCAGUCAUUUAGAUGGAAUGCAUACAGUGGGAUACUGGGGAUCUGGCAGGAGUGGGAAAUAGUAAACAACACUUUCACAGGCAUGUGGAUGAGAGACGGGGACGCUUGUGGAGCCAAAAGCAGGGAAACAAAGGUGAUCUUUGUCUGCAGUGCGAACAGCAAGCUCGCUCAGGUCUCAGAGCCCAGCACUUGUAUUUACUCGCUAACUUUUGAAACUCCACUCGUUUGCCAUCCACAUUCUCUUUUAGUGUACCCGACACUGAGUGAGAAGCUGCAGAGGGAAUGGGACGAGGCUGAGCAGGCUCGGUAUGACGGUUAUAUUACUGAACAGGGAUACAACAAUCUUUUAAGGGAUAUUUUUGAGGAUGCUGGUUUUCUGAAGAGCCAAAAAGUGAAGAUAAAGCUGCCAGAAGUUGCAGCAGCUUCAACUGAUACACACAACUCUUUACAGAAAUGUACAGAGGAUUUCCAAAAACAGAGCGAUGAGGUCGAGAGGCUGCGCGCUCUCCUCACCCAACACAACAUUCCUUUUGAUUCAAAUCCAAAAGAAGCAAAAAGCACAGUGAGUGCAACAGUUAAGGACCAACACCUAAGAGGAGACAUCGGCCUUUUUGACCAACAGUGAAAAUCUCCUCGAGUCACCUUCUCCAUCUCUGUGGAUUCACUGCAUCUGAGAAUUUUGAUGGUCAACAUGAGUGACAAAGACACUUGCUGGACAGCAUUACUGUUGCUUGUGACUACACAAAAAGUUAAUUCUGAACACAUUUUUGGAUUUCAAUCUUGUUGGACUUCAUCAGACCUUUCUUUUUUUAGAGGAGUUACGGCUCUCUCCAGUCAAGUUCUGUAAACAUAUUGUGAAAUACGUGGUUUUAAGACAAGAUGUAAAGUUUUGUAUUCAUGUCCCAACAUUUGCUUCAAACUUUUUUCAGGAGAAAAUUGAGUCCCUAAAAACAGCUGGUUUCCGCCUCCAACUUUUUGAAGUGGGCGACUUGUGCCAGGUUGGAGGCACUCAAAGAAAAUAUCAACAAAGAGAGCAACAUCUACUAAAUGUAUCACUGGUUUCUUUCUGAUCACUGCUUAAAAUAUUGAGAGUAACUUUUUAAAAUGUAUCCGGAGUAUUACGUGUAUUGUAUUUGGGUGUAUUUUUAAAAAUCCAGGAAGUGACAUCACCAGCAUUCAGCCACAUACAGAGACUCAGUUUCCUUCCUGAAAAGUUUGUAACCUGAAUUAGAAGUCAAACAUGUGCCUUUGCAGGAGGCCUACAAGCUCCCUGAUCCUGCAGCCAGAACUGGCAGCUGCUCCUGUACUGAAUGUAUGUCUGCUUUGAGUAUAGAGGAGAUAUCAAUUAGUGGAUAAACAUAAACCUCAAAUGCAUGUGUUUGGAACACCAACUCCUGGGCUGGAGGGAGUUACUGCAACAUAGUUAUACAACCAAAACAUGUUUACCAUGCUUAAACCUUGUGUGGAUGAGAAAAGUUAUUCUCAUCAGUGACUUCACAGAUUAUAGGCUUUGACAGGUACAAACAUGUCUCGACUACAAACAUUCCUGAGACUUUUAACUCCAGCAGUCUCUCAAGCUUUCAGUAUCAUCUUUAGGGACUCACAACUCAUCUGUCCACACUGGUAGGACUGGACUGAAUUCUUCACGUCGGGAACUGGAAGAAGUUGUGAAAACGGGCCAUUGUCCAAUAGGGUACUGGUGAAUGUACACUGAGUGUAACUUGCAAAGAAUAAAUUACAUGUGAGAUUUCAGUUUUUAUAAAAAAGAUUUUAGGCCGUUGAUUUCCAUGUGGCAGCAAUAUGAUUUAAAGAAAUGGAUAAGAAAACAUAAAAUGAAAGAAAUGCAAGCAGUGCUGCUUACUUAACCAAAAGCAAUCUUUUUCCCCAAAGUACCCCUCUGGGGAAAACAAAAA